UGUAGAUGCUACGCAUAUUUCUGACAAACGGAUUCCCAAUUCCCCGAAAUUCUCAGCGCACAUUUCGGUCGGUGUUUUUUUCCCCCUUUUUUUGCUACUGUAACAACUCAAGAUUUGCCGUAUUUGGUGUUCCGGCUUGGACCAAAGACCAUGUCGAAGGCGCAGCAACUGUUGGCCAGGGACCAACUGACGGCCAUUGCGGAGGAGGAGGCGCGUCGCAAACGCGCCGUAAUGCGUCAAAGUUAUGGCAACAAGUUCUCCAGCAUCAAUCUCAACCGGAUGCGCCAGAAGCAGACGACCAGUGGCGGCGAUCUGAUCGCAGCCAAAGCAUCCACAAUGGAUGCUGUGGGCAGCAGCAAGGCGCCGGUGGAAACCAUUGCCGUUGCUACUGCUGAGCCGCCGCUCAAGGAGAAGGACCCCACAUUGCGGCGCAUUGCCUCCAGUUUUGCGCACGUGCGAGACUUGGUCAGUGGCAGCUCUGUCGCCCUGCCGCUGGAGGAUAGCGAGGACGAUGCUCGCGAGGAGCGCGCCGAGGUGCUCAUUUGCAGUCAGACAAUGCCGCUACCCACGCCACCCAGCGACACCGAUGAGUUCUUCGCCGACUUGCCACCCACUUGCAGUCCUCAGCUCGAGCCCGAAUCUGAGUCCACACCUGAGCUCGAACCUAAGUCCAAACCUGAGCUUAAGCCUGAGUCCAAACCAGUGUCCAAACCGCCAAACAAAGCUGCCGACCUGAGGUUAUCCAAAGCAAUGCCCGAGCCGCUGCUGCCCACCGAAUCGCGGGCCUUCGAGCGCUGGCAGCAGCUGGGCAGCACGGUCUCUGCGCUCUUCCGUGCCCGGCGGUACAUCGACGCGUCCGAGACGCCCAUGGCGCAGACCCGACGUUUGCGGGAGCAGCGCGAGCUGCUCGAGGCCUUCACCCGGCCCUUUCUGUACGAUGCCUACAGGCGGCAGGAGUAGCCAGUAGCCAGUAGCCAGUAGCCAGUAGCCAGUAGCCAGCCAAAAACGGCGCCAUCCCCACAAUCCAUUGAAAAUUCAAACAAACGCGCAGUGU